UCCUAUAACAUCCAUCUCUCAGUUUAGGGUGCAUUUGUAGUAUUACUAUGGAAUCCAGACUUAGCGCUUCCACCUCCAGCUUGAUCUCCACCACAACGCUUGUCUCUGAAGGAAAAGCAAUGCCCCGAGUCAAUGAUAUAAGCUCCAAGAUCAAAGUGGAUCCGGCACAGCAAAAGAAGUCGAGGCAGAGUAAGGCAAAGAGCACAUCUACCGGCAAGGGAACUACCACCGACUUCGAACAGUGCAGGGCCAAAAUACUACGGCAGCAGCGGGCGGAGCUCCUGUGGAGAACGUUCACGGAUGAGGAGUACUCCGACUGGGAAACGUUCAGGGACAACGACUACCAGGUGCCGCUGCGCUCGGUGUUCUCCUACGUGCAGUUGAAACCCUCUCCCGGCUUACUUCUCAAUGUGCCGCCCAAGAAACCGGGACCACAAGUGGUGGCCGAGAUGAUGAAGGGCAACCAUGGCGCCUUGGUCCGCAUUCGGAUCGGAGAGCACAGGUUCAGGUGCAUACCCAGCCUGCUGAAGUGCUUCUCGGGGUGGUUUGGUGGUCACGACUGGCGCGUAACCCGCUUCACGUUCCUGGAGCUGGAGGUGCCUGCCCGCGGCUUUGAGGUCGCCUACGAGUGGAUGCGCACCGAGAAGCUGCCCGCCUUCGAGUUGUUGGUGCCCGCACUUCAAGUGGCCCGCCACCUGGGCGUAAGUCUGCUGGAGAAGGAAAUCUGGAGGAUGUUGUCUGGUAACUCGGUGCGCGAAAAGAGUGCCUUCCUGAUCUAUCUGGAGGCCAAGCCACAGCCUGCGCUCGGAGAGCUCUGUGAGAUGAUGGUGCGCCGGCUGAGAAGAUACUUUCUGGCCCUGGUGGGCAGCCCACAUUUUCUGCAACUGCAAGUGGAGAUUCUGGAAAUGAUACUGCGCCAGGACACAAUCGGCGUUAACUCGGAGAUGGAGGUCUUCUUUGCCGUGCUGCGCUGGCUGGGACACUCUGACGACUUGAAUCGACUGACGCACAUGGGCCGCCUGAUGAAGUGCGUCCGCUUUCACCACAUGCCCAUGACUUUUUUGUUUAGUCUGCGCGAGUCCUGCAAUCGGCCGGACAAGAAGGAUCUUUUUCGUGGAGAUCCCGUGCUGCUGGCCUUCAAUUCGGACUCGGAGACAAUGGUCACGCUGGAGCGCGCCAUAUCCUUCAUCGGUGUGCGCAGCCAGUACGAGGACAUCGAGGAGUUCCUGGCCGACUGCGGGAGGCACCACAUGGACGUGGUCUACCCGCGUCGCUGGGUCUAUCACAUCAAGUGCCCGUACCACCUGCGUAGCAUUGAUUUCCCAUACCAGCACCGCUUCACAGCCUCGGAAUUUAGAAGCUACAUCGCCAGCAUCCAGAAGGAAUGGGAUGGCGGGGGGCCGGCGGACCACGGAAGGUCGCUGGUCAUCGAAUUGGAGCUGGAUCCAAUGCUAAGCAGGGGUAGGGCGAGGUCCCAAUGACCCCAAUGUAUAUUUCAUACUUGUUUACUGUUUGCUACCAUUGUUUUCGAUACCAAGCCCAUUUAAAUUGAAGUUGCCUAAUCAA